UAUUAAUGAGAGUAGCAAUAUGGCGGAAUUGUUUUAGCUAAGUACAGUUGACAUGUCUCAUGGACACAGUCAUGGUGGCGGCUGUUCUUGUGGAGCGGAGCACACAGAAUCUCCAGAGCGGGGAAUUGAAUAUGGUUUAUACCAGAAGAUCGACAUGGAUAAGCUGCAGUGUUUAAAUGAAAACCAAGAAGGCAGUGGAAGAACGGUGUUCCGAGCAUGGGAAGAGAGAUGUGACAGAAGCCUGUUUGUAGAAAGCGACGCUGAUGAGGAAUUGCUGUUUAACAUCACUUUCACUGGAAAUGUGAAGUUGAAAGGGAUCAUCUUGAUUGGGGAUGACAGUGAUAUGCACCCUGCAGAAAUGAGACUGUUUAAGAACAUACCCCAGAUGAGUUUUGAUGAUACUGGUCGUGAAGCUGAUCAGGUCUUUAGUCUAAAUACUGACCUUACUGGAGAGCUGGAGUAUCCCACAAAGAUAGCUCGCUUUUCAAACGUGACACAUCUCUCAAUCCAUAUUUCCAAGAACUUUGGAGCAGAGAAAACAAAGAUUUAUUACAUUGGUUUAAAGGGUGAAUGGACAGAGGUAUGA